GUGUGCCGCGGAGAGCGCGCGACUCUCUCCGGCUCCGACAGAGUCCCGGAGUGUCCGGAUACCUGAAGGAUGACGGGCUGACUGACUGAUGGCUGCUCGGUCAGAGUGCGAGCGGAACCAACGGGCUGGAGGCGCUGGUCGGUUCAGGAUCGAUCAAAAGUGACCGAUAGGGCAGCUGGUUGAGUGUGAGAGCGGAGUUGAGCGCUUUAGACCAACAGGACUCUACUUUCUUCAUCCAUCCAUCACCUCUUCUCCAUCCGUGAUGAAAACGCCACUGAGCCCUUCUCUGCUUCUGGAGAGCGGGCAGAUCUUCGCCUUUGGAGCGAUGGGUCAGGAGCUAAUGGACACACCCACACCUUCAGCCCUCCCUCUCCCAGUCCAGCAGACUCCAUCUCCAGGCCAGGGCGGGACAUACUCGUUGUGUGAGGUGUGUAACCUGCAGCUGACCUCCACUGCUCAGGCCCAGCUGCACUACAACGGCAGGUCUCACCUCCGGAGGGUGAAGCAGCUCCAGGCGGGGCAGACACGACAACAGGCAGCAGCUGGAGCUCAGACCAGGUCGCUUCAUCCAGCUGCAGGCUUUAACUGCCAGCCUGCAGGACUGACUCAGACUGGGGGACUGAAUCGAGCCCUCAGUGCUUCCAGCGCGACUGCAGGAAGUGGGAGCGGUGGAGUGGGCGGGGCGUUACCGGGUCUUAUUGGCGCCACCGGUCCCUCGGUGAUGAUGAAACCAUUCCUGCCGUUUCCCAUGGAGACGACGUCGCCAGUCGGACUCUUCCCAAACUUCAAUACGAUGGAUCCGGUGCAGAAGGCUGUCAUCAAUCACACCUUUGGUGUUACCAUGGUGCCCAAGAAGAAACAGGUCAUCUCCUGCAGCGUUUGCCAACUGAGGUUCAACUCUGACUCGCAGGCGGAAGCUCAUUAUAGAGGCAGCCGUCAUGCCAAGAAGCUGAAGUCUCAGGAGAACAAGGCCAAAGCCAAGCUGUCAGUCACACCAGAGACCAACGGGAACAGCUGCGGUCCUGCCGGUCCGGCCCAUCCGCUCCCUGCUAACAGCAGCAACAGUCAGGGCACAGAACUGUUCUCCAUCCCCCCAGACUCCUUGUCCUCCGUUAAGCUGUGCCUCCUGUCCUCCACCUCCCCUCUCCCGUCCUCUCCCUCCGUUAGCAGAGCUGGCAGUGAGCCUCCGCCGUCCAGCCCGCCCUCCGCCCUUCCAGCCCCCGGCCUCUCUUCGUCUUCCUCAUCCUCCUCCUCCUCUUCCUCUUCAAAAUCUUGCCCCCCAUCUUCAGUCGCCCCCGCUGCCCCACAAACCACCUCCUCUUCCUCCCAGGAUGCUCCUCUCUCAGCGGAGUCCGAGGAGGAGAAGGCGAAGAAGCUGCUGUACUGCUCUCUGUGUAAAGUCGCCGUCAACUCUCUGUCUCAGCUGGAGGCUCAUAAUGCAGGUUCAAAGCACAAAACGAUGCUGGAGGCGCGCAGCGGCGCGGGGCCGAUCAAAGCUUACCCCCGACCAGGGGCCAAGCUGAAGAACGGCAGCAGCUCGGCCCUGAAGGGCUCCGGCCUGCAGAACAAAACCUUCCACUGCCAGAUCUGUGACGUCCACGUCAACUCUGAGAUCCAACUCAAACAGCACAUUUCCAGCAGAAGACACAAGGACAGGGUGGCAGGAAAACCCAGCAAGCCAAAAUACAACCCUUACAACAAGCAGCAGCGCGACUCGCUCACUAAGGAGCUGGCGAAGCCUUCUCUAUCUCCUUCCUUCCUUUCCUCUCCUUUCACUUCCACUUCCUCGCCUCUUCCUCCCUCCAUUUCCCUUCCUCCUGCCUCCAUCUCCUCCUCUCCCCUCCUCUCGCACACCUCCUCGCCCCUCACCCCCGCCAUCUCCCUCCACCCUCGCCCUCCGUCGUCCUCGUCCCUCUUCACCGCCUCCUUCCUGCGUCCCGCUCCCGGACCCAUCAGAACCAACCAAGGAUCAAUUCUCUUCGCACCCUACUGAUGUCCUCGGAAGCGGCGGGGAGUCAAACCCACAACCUUUGACCCCUAGCCCGCUGUGUGCUGGAGCUUCAGCUGUUGCUGCAGCUUGCUUACUUGACUGAAUCUUCCUGCAGAGACAUGAAGAGUAUGGAGACGUCCUGCUUUUUUUAUCAAAGACCCUCUGGUUCCAUCCAGCACCUCCUGACACGGAGGAAAGGGAGUGCCGUUGCGUUCACUGACCCGCUGAUGUCGACCUGAACAGAACCAGGGGCUAGCAAAGCUCCCAGAUGUACUGGAAAACAGGAGAAAUGUGCAGUUAUGGAAUAUUCAUGAAGGUCCAUUCAGCACCUUAUAGAAAGCAAUAAGUGUUAAAGGAAACGGGUUCAAGACUGGAAAAAACGGCAGCAGCUCAUUUCUUGAAUCAUUGUGCUGUUCCACAUCUGGUGCCCAUUUAAAAAAAAUAUUAAACAUUUUUAUUUUA